AUGAGUUUGGAAUCAUUAAAGACAGAGGAAACUGAAGAGAGAAGACCCGAAAAUCGUAAGUAUUUGCGAGACACGAUGUAGCUUCAAAAAGCUAACAAGUAUACUAUCUACCCUCUCUCGUUUGAAAAAAGUGAAUAGGAAAAAGUACUCUUUUUAUAAUCAUUUAGAUCUUCGGCCAGUUUUGCAGUUUUGUGAUCAAAUUCACUUACAGGUUAACAGUUUCAUUUAAGUAUUUGUAUUGUUGAAGUACGCUGUACUUGUGAAAGAUAUUCUUAGUACAACUAUUUACUGAAAUAAAGCCCUUAAGCAACAUUUUCCAAUAGCUAAGGCCACGGAGCGGAUUUUUUAAAGUUCUUAAUUGCUAUCGACUGUGCGAAUGAAUUCUGGUUUGCAAUUGGCAAGGACAGAAACUUUCAGGAAAGAAACUUUCAAGUAUUUCAAGUAUAGCGUAAGUGUAACUUUUGUUGUACUCACUCGGGCUUGACGUUUUGAUGGAUCCCAAAUUCUUCGUUGAUCUCAUAUCUCUCGAUGUUCUUCUACCUUCUAAUGCUUGUCAUGUUCCCUUUUCUUCAUCUACAGAAGACGGAGAGAUAAUUGCAAAGUUUAACCGCGCUUUGGCAUCCAUUACUACAGACGGGUAAAUAUUCGAACCUCGAUUAAAUGCGGUUUAAUAAGUAAUUCCUUUAGAAGUAUACUGGAGUGAAAAGCUUCGUGACGGAUACAAAGAAGUUAAGAACGAGAGUUCAAUUCGAGAGGAAACGGUUUUGCAAUUCAAUACGCUAAUAAAAGAUUUUUGAUAGUAAAGAGAAAAAUUUGUUCAUUGCAUGGUUUACUAUAAAGUGGGUGAUUCAAGAUGAGUAUGGAAAGAGAGAGCUGAAACCUUUUUCGAUUCCAGUGAAUACGAGAUCAUACGACAGCUAGUCCUUGGAAGAAAUACUAAGUGAGACCAUUCAAAUGAAACCUCGGCUUUAGCGGUACUUUCAUUUGAUGCUGUUUGUUUAGUAUUUAGUUCUAACGUUUGAGUUUGUGGGUGAAAUCCUAUGGUAUGGCCACUUAAAUGAAACCUCUUCAUCAGUACUUUCAUAUGGUGCUAUUUAUUUAGUAAACUAUGCAGUCUUUGGGCAGAGAUUCUAUUAUAGUGUGACCCAGCCCUUUGCUUAUAUUUUCAAUUGUACUAUUUGUUUUCCGACCUUCGAAAACUAAAACUGGGAUAUUACUUCUCAUAUAUUCAAAUUAUUUGGCCGUUGGCACGAGCACAGAAACGAAAGAAGACUACAUUAAGAGCGAGUUUUAAUUCAAGUACUUUACAAAAAAAGUCAAUUAACAUUAAAAGAAAAACGCAAAAGGCCCUUAUUAUUUUACCAAAUGGCAACAUUUUACUUUAAUUCAUGAUUUUUUUAGAGCUAGCAAAACAAGAGUUUAUAUUCUCACAAAGUAUUACAACAACUUUCAAUUCAUUUAAUAACAUUUUAAUUCAACUUAAAACUUUGUUUAAAUACAAAUUCGUCAAUUUUCGGCGGUUCGGGUAUCUUAAAAAGGAGACCGUUGUCAUUUAUAAAUUACAAUUUUAUUCAAAAUGUCCAUGAGUGAAAAAUUGUGUGAGAAAUUGUUACUUUCUGAAAUUAACUGGCCUUCUUGUCUCGAAAGCUUACAUUAGUUUGUCAGGCGACUGGUGAUCACGGGGCGACAAAAUGGUUUAAAUUUUAUUUUUUAAGUGUGAUAGUUACUGCACUACAAAACAUAAUCUUAAAAAAAAAUACGAGUUGAAUGUGAAGAAAUAAUUUUUAUAUUUCUCUUGGAGGGUAAAAUUUAAAGAUUUUGCACAAUACGUGUAGCCUGCCUGCUCCGCCUGGCGAUGCAAUAACAAAUACGUGCUAUUAUUUUCCGGUGGGUGGGUGAAUUCGUGAAUAGUUAUUUUGAAUAUCGUGACUUAAUCAAGCAGUGUAAAUAUCGUUGUAAUUGGGGGCCAAAUAUCCCAUGCAUUUUUUAAAAUUAAAAAAGUUCCGAAAUGUUUUUCUCUAAACUUCAGAGUCAAAAAUAAAAUUUUGCUGUUUUCUAAGAUAUGAAGCCACGCUACUUCAGAAUUCGGCAUAGAUUAUAGCAAGGAACAUAACGUUUUACACCUUUUAAACCUUUUAUUUUUAGCGAUUAGUUCUAGGCUAGAGAAAUAAAGAUGAAAUUAUUUAUCUCUCUUACUGUUAAUAUAUUUUUAGAUUUCCAGUUCAGAUGGGAACUAUUACUGGUAACUUGUGUCAUAUUCCUCACAAGAAGUUUAAAUUAUCGUAAGUAGAAACCAUUUUCCCCAUGUGUGCUGUAUUUAGUCUAACAAAAAUCUUGUAAAUUUGUAUUUCUUUUCGAUUCUUGUUUCUCGAAUUAACACCUCGUUGAAGAGAGCAACCUUAUGUCCACACGACUCCAGGACUGAUCUGCUUGCUGUAUUGAAAUAAAUAGAUAGUGCUUAAGUUUUGAUAAAAAUUACUUCCUAAACUAUAUGUCCGUGUCUUUGAAUAUCAUUGCCAGGAUGGAGAAGGAUCACAAGUUGAAACAAAUUGGGUUAACCUUUUCAUGUACUGUUAAAAAAUUACAAAAAAAGCUGAUCAUGCUCUUUUUCCCUCUACGAGAACCACUUUAUAUCUUUCUUGGAGAUCUCCUUGUUUAAAAAGGUGACGGAAUAUACUUAGUUAUAAUUUUAGCUUAGUUUUGACCUAAAAAUAUGGAACCGUAGCCUCAGACAAGUAAUUUCAGUCAUUCAAGGUCUGUAUUCUCUGUAUUUUGCUGUGCGGAGUGUAACGCAGGCAAAAUUUGUUUAUUUCUGCUCCUUAGGUCCACUCUUUGGUAUCCUGAAGCACCCAUACACUAUCCGGUACCAGGGGCGUUCGCGUAUCACUACCUUUUAGGCCCUGAUUCAAUGGUCCAUGAUCGACAAAGAGCGUUCCAUGCCACUGAAGCUGAGGCAGGCAUUUUACAGGUGAGGCAGCCGCGCAUUGUAACUUAAAGACUCGGUACCAGUAUAGUCUUCUUAAAGAGUAAACAUGAUCCCGUUUAGUAAUGUGGAAAUAAGUAAGAAAUAUGACGCAGUUGGACACUAGAACCUCACUAAAACAAAUCUGAUUACAGGGACUGCGUUGUUUGAACAAGAUUGGUAGACGAUUUCAACUUUGACAGUGUCAUAUCCUUAUGGGAAUACUCUUUUAACAUGUUGAUAAAUAAAAUGUUAUCUCCCUUUUUGACCAGCUAUAAAACCUUCAUACAAGUAAUUGUAAGCACGUAAGAACUCGUAUAAACGUAUCUGUGCAUUCCAGAUCGAAUUCGAAUUUGGAAAUGUUGGUUUAUGAGGAGAGGGGAAAAACGGAGAACCUGGAGAAAAGCCUCUCAGAGCAAAGGAGAGAACCAACAACAAACUCAACCUCAGUUUAUGGCGUCGAAGCUAGGAUCUGAACCCGAGCCACAUUCGUGAAAGGCGAGUGCUUUCACCACUGCAUACGCCACUCUUGCUCCCUCUUAAGCGGAAUAAGUGAUUUUCCCGAAGACUUAGAAGAAUUCCUAAGAUCCUGUCACUUUAAACUGAAGGAAAUCGCACAUACGACCAUUACAAUUCUCACAUCUCAUACUGAUGUAUUUUGCUCUUAAAAGGCGAUCAAGGAAUAUGACGAAUUCGAAGAAUGGAUUGACGGAUCUACAAAACUCCGUUACUCACCGUACAGCCGAGAGGCACAGGCACACAUCUCUGGGUGGGCCAUGAAAUACACAAACAAUCACAACAAAUUUGUGCUUAAGAAGACCUGUGUCGGUGUACUGCUUUGCAGUAAGGAUUGUACUCUACCAAAUGGACUCAAGAUUGUCGUUAGACCCGCUAUUUCUGAUAAAGGUGAGCUUUGUUGAAACGAAAUCACGCAGGUUCUAACUGAACCUCUUUUUCAUUGCUGUCAGUUGUGGAAAUAUCAGUGUAAUCGGUAUUUCUAAUUUUUAAGUUUCUGGGCAAAAUUCUAUGUUUUUACCUUUUAAAUAAAACCUGUUCAGUUUUAGUUUCACAUGGCUUGUAUUUACCUGGAUAUUUUAAACAAAUUGCCCUUUUAUUUGCCAUAAUUUUUUUGUUAUGGUGCCUUCAUAUGCCAUUGCCUAAACUGACUAACAGCCAGGCUUCUCUUUACCUUACUGACGCGUUGAAAAGUGACCGCCUUUCAACAUCAUCUUCUCACUGAACCCCUUAUUUCGCGAUGGCGAAUCGUUCACUCAAGUGUAAUGAUUGUGAUAAACCUUUUUAAUUCAUUCUUUGCAGUUCGAGAAAGACAAAUGGGUCAAAACUGCCCCAACGCCGCAUGUGCUGGAAAACUAGUUCACAGAAAGUGCACAGGUAAUCAUAAAAAUAAUCAAUGUUACGUGAAAAUAAAUGUUUAAUACUUCCUAGUUUGACGGAACUGUUUUUGCCUUCAUUUCGGCCCUCUAUUUACCACGUUUUCUCAGGUAUUUCUUUGAUAAAAUCUAGCACUGACAUUUGACAGCGUUACCUAGCAACCUUUGAGAACGCCGUUGAAGGUAUACUACACAACGUCUUUUAAUUGAAUUCCUUUUUUCCUUUAGGAAACAAUGGGUACCCUGUGACUCAUUUCUGGGUUCAUCAAGAGGAUGGGAUUUAUUUUGAAUCUAAAGGAACGCACGAUCACUUCAGACCUCAAGCAAGAAGAGCAACACCAGAUAGAAACUCGAACAACAAACAGAACGCGAAACAAAACAACGAACAAGAGGAAAACACAGAGGAAAAGGCAGAAAAACGGGAGGUAAUAAAGCAAGUCUGUUGCACAACAAGUUACUGUUGUAACUUGUAGUUAAGAGUACACUGUCAUGGGGCUGUCGCUCGCGCUGCCGGGAAACAAUCACGUGCUCACCUGAAGAUAAUCACGUGCACUAUCAUGUGAUAGUCGAGUGCACCCGAAAAGAAAUCUAAAAAUAUUCACAUUGCCCCAAAAUUGGUUAAUUUAAAGAUUUAACAGAAUGAUUCUGCCAUUAGAUUUCCUGGUCUCGCAAUGAGACAAAAAUACUUAUAACAGCGUUUUUUCCGAUUUUUUUCUUCACAGAGUUCUUCUUCAUCGACUGACGGAAAGAAAUACAAGUCUAGAAAGCGACCACAUGCCGAGAACGACAAUUUAUUGGAAAAAGACGCUAGUGUUACCCAUUUUCCUGCUUCGCUUUCCGUAGGUUUACUAAGGGGCUAUUCAUUGGAUGAAGAAGAUCAGUAUAUUUGCUUAACGUUGCCCGAGUCAGAGACUCUCUUCCAAAGGGCACUGUCACAUGAUCAAAAUACCAUCACGUACGGGAAAUUAUACUUACUUUGCCAGACUUUCAAAGACGUUGUUACCGGAUUUAAUUUGUUAGAAACCCGGAUGAUUUCUCGUAACGUUAUGGGGUGGCCUGUUGUUAUGGCGACGCUUUACAGACAAGGAUCAAAGGAAGGGCAAAUUCAUCAUAUGAAAACAUUGGCUCGCCUGUGUUCUACUCCUCAGGAGGAUUUCUUUUCGCCUAAGGUAAAGCAUCAAAAGUUUCUUGAACCUUCAUUCUGAGUAAAACAAAUUAAAUGAAGAAUAAAACUGAAAACAUAUAUUUGAUUUAAAGGUACCAAAAAGUAGAGAUAGAAACUGUCUGAAAGAUCAAUUUUUGUGAAAGCCACUUAACUGUCGGCAGUGGAUAAUGGCUCGUUUGGAAAGGAAUCAAAACUUAUAUGUAGGGGAAAAUAAAAUAGUACAAAAUUUACAAUUAUUGCUGCUGAGUGUUAAAAAAAAGUCCAAAAGAAACGGCUUUCAUUUCCUACCCUGGAAAAGAUACAAUGGAAACAUUUUGAAAAAGGGCACUUACCAUUUACAUUGGAAAACCGGAAAUUCAGGUUGGAAAAUCACAUGGUUCGCGUUAUUCCAUCAGGGAAGCUUCAGAAAACAUGGGCUGUGAUUUGAGGUCGGAUGCAAUUUUUCUGCUUAUUUUAAUCUGUUCAGCUGAUUUGGAUAGACCUUGUAGCGGGUUGUUCUCCCACCUCGUUAAAUUUGUAAUUUUUUAUGUUUAUGCACAAGAUUUCCACUGCCCGGGUAAUUUUUGUAAAAACAUUACGCACCCCUUGUGUCUAAUUGUUUCCUUUCCUCGACCGCAGUGGCAGAUGGUUAUUCACGACUUUCCCGCUGACCAGUCCCAAAUGGUGACGGAGGCGAUAGUGAACAUGAUCAUCAAUUCCCAAGUACAGACACUGCUUAAAGUGUUCCAGUACAAAAGCGUAAGUUCUUUGUACAAGAUGCUCCGAGAAAAGAUAACCAGCAGUCUUCAGAGUUAUGACAUGCACUUUGAGCUCUGCAAACGGGAAAUCAUCUCCAGACUUCAGGAUCCCGUACUUACAAUGAAGUUCCGAGACAUGACGCAAAGGCUAAUGGGGAAGAAGUGCAGCACUCAGGAAUAUGUGAGCACGGAUUGUAUGCUCUCUGGUAAGAAAAUUUUUAAAUGAAUUUUUUUUUGAAAAUGAUAUGUUUUGCUAUACAAAAGCAGGAGAGAUUAAUGGAAUAGAGUCUAGCCCUUAGGAUAUGUGAAUUUCACCAAAGUUAUUUUUAGAGCAAUUAAAUGAUUGAAAUUAAACGGAAGUUGAUUGCGAGAGGUGUUGUAAAGACAGAAUUAAACAUAUGCCAUUACAAUAUUCUGCAUUGUUUGCUUUGAGGCAUUAGCGCGUGGACUUGAUGACGUUUCAAAAAAAUUGAUAUAAAUGUGCGGACGGCUCAGGAAUUAGACUUCCGUUUAAUGACAACCUCUAAAAAUAACCGUAGUAAAAUUUACAUAGCCUGGCCAACGCCUAAGAUUCUUUCGACAAAAUGCAUACCUCUCCGCGUUUAUUAGAGUCUGUGCCAAUAACAUCAAAACUUUUAAUAUUCUUCAACCAGGUCAACAAGUAGAGUAAAUAACAUCAAUUGGCGAUCACAGCUCAUUUUGAUUCUGAUAAUAGCUCUCUGCACAGUUCCGCGAAACGUCAGUCACUGUCAUAAUCCUAUUAAGGAUUACACUAACCCAGACGAUUAUAUUCCACCUACUUAGUAUGACAUCGACUUCAAACGAUUUACAAUAUGCUUAGUAAUCCUACGAGCGAAAAUACCAAAUUUUGUUUGUACUGACGUUGUCUCCCAGAAAAAAAGAAAAGGAUUCUUGAAAUGCUCACCGACUUCUUUGUUUUCAUUUUAUCACAGGGGGUAUUUUUGGUUCCGUCAUUCGAGAAUUCUGGAACUUUUGGGGAAGUAACAUUGUCGCUCCUAAAGUGUUUUCUGUAGCUGGUGAACUUGUUGGAGACAGAGAAAAAUCUGAACAAUGGCAAAGAAGAAAAGCAGGUGAGAAGCUGAAAAAGAUUUUAAUUUUAAAAUGAUUACACAACUGAUAAAUGUAAUUAUUUGAUUCUCCAUGUGCUUUUUCAGAGUAGUUUGGUGAUGGACCUUAGUUAGGGCCUCUUCAUAUGAGCCCGGUUGACCGGGCUGGCCCGGUUUCCGAGAUCUCGCCUCACCUCUAAAUCCUUUGGAAAAUUUUCGAUGUGUUCAUAUGAGAGGGCGGGCUGGCUCGGUUCCCGAGAUCUCGGUUUUUCCAACCGAGAUCUCGGUAAGCGGGCUGAAAAUUUUGCCAUAUGAACACUUCAUCCCGGUUACCGGGAUGAACGGCGGAAUGAAUUCUGGCGGUCCGGAUGGCAUCGUCUUGCAUUGCCUGCUGUGUUUUCCACAUCAUAAGCAUCCCAUUUAACUGCAGUGAUACAACUUUAAGAGUUACCGAUGCUAAGAUAGGCCCGAAAGUUAAAAUUUUUGUGUUUCGCUAUGUUUGCUUUGUUUCCCAAAUUUGGCGCCAGAACUCGUACCCAGGAUCUUUGACCUUUUCUCAUCUCGGAAACCGGGCUAAAAUUUCUCAUAUGAACCCAAGGCAAAAUUCAUCCCGGUAACCGAGCCAGCCCGGUCAACCGGGCUCAUAUGAAGAGGCCCUUAGGCUACUGGAGUUUCGCUGAUGUUGUCACACUUUGCUUAGAGGCAUACAUCAGUUGGCUUAUGAUAUGAAGGGGUUUUCUGGGCCAAGGAAUUGGUUUCAAGCAACUAUAAAGAAAAAUUUUGCUGCUUUAUUGAAAUGCGAAAAAAUCAAAAUUUCUUAUAAUAAAAAUUUGCUCUCCUGCUACAAAAGGAUAAUUACACGAUGACGUCAUUUUACUUCAACUACCAGAAUCCUUCAGGUGUUGUUUUCUUUUACAAAUUAGAGCUCCUUUUUAUUAAACUCCAACGAGAUUGACAAAUUUAAGUAAGCUUUGGGAAGAAAAAUCAAAAUGAAUUCUGGAAGUUGUAGUCAAAUGUCGUCAUUGUGAAAAUGGACUAUAGACUCAAUGAAGUGGAAGACAAAGUAAAAUUAAUUGUUUUUAACUUGCGUUUUGUCAUAAAACCUAAGAAUUUAUUUUCUUUAAUUUUAUCAGGACUCGACUUUUCCGGUGAUCCUAAGAAGGUUACCCUUCAAAGAAUGAGCGAGGUGGUGGUCACGUGGUGUCACUAUCAGUCUGAUCAUUGGCCGAAAUCAGGUGGGUGACGUAAAUUGCUUUGCUUUGAGCACGCGCAAAAUGGUGACACUGAAAAUCAUAGCCACAACUAAUCCCGGAGCUAACAGUUCUGUUUUUUUUCUCCAGUCGUUCAAGAAAGUAUGGCGAAUUUCUCACAUUUAAGACCCGGACAAAAGGGACUACUUUACGGCAUUGAACGACCUGGGUCCGCAUUCCAUCGGCCGGUGACCUUCUCCAGUCUGAACAUGCCAAGAUUUCAGUGGAUGUGAGAUGAACGAGCGAUACAGAAGC